CACACGCAAUUAAAUUCAGUGGCAGACUUUGAUGACCAAAAAUAAGAUACUUAAUAAUCAAGCAAGUUCACGGAUGUUUGUAAUUAAUUGGAAGUCAUGAACCAUACCAUUCUUUUUCCCUUAUUUUUUAUUUUUUUAUUUUUAAAGUCAAUAUACACUAACAUCAUCUUCAUCUUCAUCUUCAUCUUAAAGCAAAGACCAUUAAAAAGAACUCCAACUACAAGCCCAUACAAUUUUCCCCCACUUACAAGCAAUCUUACUCCUUUUCCCCCUUUUUUUCUCAACUUCCCUCACUUCCCUGACUUCCAACUCCGUUUUCUUUACCCCUUUUUCACUGAAACUCAAUUCACUUCCCUUAAUUUCAUCUUUCUACUGAAACUCGAGUUACAAUCUCUGAACUCAUUCACAAAAAUCUCAUCUUUCUACUGAAACUCGAGUUACAAUCUCUCAACUCAUUCAAAAAAAUCUCAUCUUUCUAUUGAAACUCGAGUUACAAUCCCUGAACUCAUUCACAAAAAUCUCAUCUUUCUACUGAAACUCGAGUUACAAUCUCUCAACUCAUUCACAAAGAUAUCAUCUUUCUAACUCUACACCGAUGCCAACAACCAAACCCAAGUUCCCACUACGCCGGCCAGUGGUGGUCGACGUCGGUUGUGGCUGCCGGCGUUCAAAGAUCCCAUCUUUCUUCUCCCCCUCCACCUCCUCUCUUUCUCCCUCCUCUUCCUCCUCUUCCUCCCACUUUGAAUCCAUUCCCACUCUUUCAAAUACCACUAGCCCUAAUUCUCCAAGCACUGAGAAGAUGAAAAGAAAAAAGGAGAAGGAGAAGAAGAGGGGAAGAAGAAGAAGGGUUUCAGGUGAGAGUGUGGCGGUGGUGAAGGAGUCCGAAGAUCCAUACCUUGAUUUCAGGGACUCCAUGGUCGUCAUGAUCGUUGAGAAGGAGAUCUAUGCUCGGGAGGAGCUGGAGGAGCUGCUCCAUUGCUUCAUCGCUCUCAACGCUCCUCACCAUCACGCUCUCAUUCUUCGAGCCUUUGCUGACGUCUGCCGUGAGGUAUUCUCACCGCGGUGACCGUAUGCACCUGCGUUCUCACGUGCUUUUCACGUGGGUAUCGUUUGGUUGUAGAAUAAGAAGAUCCUGCCACCACCCUGGUGAGGAGGGAAGUGGGUAUGCUCACCUGGUGGUGUUAGGAUCUUUGUUAAUCUUAUUAUGGUAUAAAGGUUAUUAAUUACAUGUUGGUUAAGAGUAAAUAAAGAUUAAUUACUUUGUGGUUAGUGUA